AUGAUGAAGAGCCUGCUAGAGGGGACGGUUGUCAUCGCGUGCAUUCUCAUCGCGUCAUCGCCAAAUGCUGGAGGACAGCGGUGUAAUGGCGGGGCGAGUUGUAUCCCUCUGAACGAAUGCACGGGUCUGCACGCACAGCUACAGAAGGGCAACACACCACAGUUGACGCAACUUCUUCGCAGCCUGCACUGUGGCUUCCAAGGGACCGACCUGCCUAUGAUAUGCUGUCCCCCAGAGUUCUUAGGUGGUGGUCAAUCCUCGUCCAUAUCGAUGAGAACUGGGAGUCCUCUGAACCUCCUGCCUAACUCUCAUAUUUGCGGCAUUCAGAACAAUGACAGAAUUGUGGGAGGCAUACAAGCUGAUAUUGACGAGCAUCCAUGGAUGGCCCUCAUCAGAUACAACAAACCCGUCGGUUGGGGCUUCUACUGCGGAGGUGUGCUUAUCUCCGCCAGAUACGUCCUCACAGCGGCUCACUGUGUCAAGGGAGCAGACCUACCAACAACCUGGAGACUGUCACAAGUGCGACUAGGCGAAUGGAACACGUCCAGUGAUGUGGAUUGCGUCCACGACGACUGCAGUGGACCCGUGCAGGACAUUCCAGUGGAAGAAAUCAUCGCACAAGAGAACUACGACCCUCAGGACACUCAGCAGCACCACGACAUCGCGAUGCUGCGUCUUGCCUACAAUGCGCAAUUCAAUGAUUUCGUGAAACCUAUAUGUUUGCCGGUGACCAAUGAGCUGAGGAACAGCUAUUUUGAAGGCUUUGACUUGGAGGUAGCUGGAUGGGGCAAGACAGAAACUCAGGACGCUGGUAGCGACUCCCAGCCGAUUUUUUCCGGAACCAAUUUGGCAGGAACGGAGUCAGAUGUGAAGCUGAAGGUUCGUGUGCCCGUCGUCAGCUUGAACCAGUGUGCCUCCGUAUACCAACGUGUGAGCAGGACGAUAGUACCGACGCAGAUAUGUGCGGGCGGCGUCCAAGGCCAGGACUCAUGUCGCGGAGACUCGGGCGGCCCGCUCAUGGGACAAGCCCCCUCAGCCAACAACUGGGUAGUUGUCGGCGUCGUGUCCUACGGUCCCGCUCCCUGCGGUACCCAAGGCUGGCCCGGAGUCUACACCCGAGUAGGCGCCUACAUCGACUGGAUCCUAUCCAAACUGCGCCCAUAG